AUGGCAUCUCAUCGCUCAUCACCGACCGAGCAGCUCAACUUCACGCCAAACCCGUCCCGCCAACCGACUGCCCACAGCCUCGAGCUUGAUGACUUCUUCAGAGGUCCUCGAGAUAUCAAACACCAUUCGAAGGUGCCAUAUUUCUUCCGGAUACAUGGCUCGAUCAUACCCAAGUUGAUCAUUCCGCAGCUGAUCGUCAUAUGCUGGGCCACUGCCAUUACCGUAAUAUCCAAAUUGGUGUAUCCAUUGGCAGUCAACAGCGUGCUGCUCACCGUUCUGGGUUUCGUGGUCGGUCUAGCUCUUUCGUUCCGUUCGUCGACAGCCUACGAACGAUACAUCGAAGGUGCUCGAUUAUGGGCGACCCUAAUGCUUGCGAGCCGAAAUCUUGCCCGUCUGAUAUGGAUUCAUACCAAUGAGCGACACAAAGAGGAUCCCAGCCAAGGCAAAGCGGACUUGUGGCAGAAAGUCACCGCCAUCAAUCUGAUCAAGGGUUUCGCUGUGGCCCUGAAGCAUAGGCUGCGCUUCGAGCUGCUCCCGAUUAUGCUGAUCUAUCACCCUUCAUCAGCGCACUCGAUGUCAUGCGGUGGUCUGAAGCGCGCUGGGGAGUAUUUGGGCGUGUCUUUCGCCGAAUCCAAUCCUCGCAAGACCAUGAAGAAGGCGACUUUCAACAUUGGCAACAUUCCGCAGGAGAUAUUGAUUUAUUUGCAAUCGUAUCUGGAGCACAUAGCCUCGACCGGGCUCCUCACAAACGGUCCAUUGCAAUCAAACAUCGUCACUCAACUUGGUAUCAUGGCAGACGUAGCUACCAGCACGGAACGCAUCGUCAAUCAUCCUCUGCCACUUGCAUACCAGAUCUCAAUCGCACAGAUCACUUGGGUCUACGUGGCUGUGCUGCCAUUCCAACUCUACGCACCACUUGGAUGGUUGACGAUUCCUGGCGCAUCGUUCGCUGCUUACAUCAUUCUCGGGCUAGGGGCUAUUGGUGCUGAGAUCGAGAAUCCUUUCGGCAAUGACGUGAAUGAUCUGCCUCUGGAUCAGUAUUGUCGAGAGUUGCAGAGCGAAUUGGAUGUCCUUACAUCAGUACCGAGAGCAGACCGAAGCUGGGACUUCAGUUCUGCUGGGACUGGUAGCAGUUGGGCGUUGUUGGAGAAGAACCCAGCGAUGUUCCCACUCAGUUCGACGGGUUGGAAUGACUGGCAAGCAAAGUCAACCGAGGACAUGCAAGACGCGUUGUGGCACAAGGCAAGUCUGACAGACCGAUUGAGGGCUCGAGCAGCUGCGAAUGCCUCCGAAGAGCCGUCAUAUGAGAAGCGCAGAUACAGCGCGACGACAACAGAAGAAUCAAAGGGCGUGGCGACAGGCCUCGACUCCGCUGUCUAA